AUGUCGUGUGAAAUAGUAAAAUGCAAUAGUUGUAAAAUAGUAAUUAAUGAAUUACUUGCUUUCGUGCAAAACAAGUGUGAUGUCAUGGAUGUGGAAGGAAUUGUCAGGCUCUGUGUUUUAUCCUUUACACAGACGGAAAUUGAAGUGGCAAAGAAACUACUCAUCCAAUCUCUCUCGCCUAGCAAAAAAAGGGUGUUAUGCAAAAAGGGAACAAAAGCUGAACGUGAUUUACGAGAUAUUGUUGCGUUUUUAAAGGUAUGUGAACCCGAAUCCAUACCCAUAUUCGUAGCAAAAGACUUACAAAAAUUGCCACCGAUUACUUUUGAUCACAUUGACGUCACUCGGGUCCUCAAAGACUUGAUCGUCAUACAAAACGAAGUGAAGAAAAUUAGUUCGACCUACCUUACUAAGGACGAAUUUUACAAAAAUUGCAACAUGCAAGGUAGUCCUGAUAGAACCGUUAAUUUUAAACGCGGAGGGCACAUUCGUACAACCGAAUCAGCUGAUAUCUCAGCGCAUGCGCAUCGGUCACCGCCCGCUUGUCGUCUAUCUCAUUCUAUCUCGGGGAGUGAGCGCGAGGAGGCGAUCUCGCUCCCGCUUGCGGCAACGUCGGCAAUCACCGGUACCGGUUCGGAGGCCCCUACCGCGGUUUCGCCGAGCCUUUGUUGUGUGACUCGUGCGUCGGAGUCGAGGCAAUUAUGCGCUAACAUAACGGGUAAUAACGAUAAGGAAAGUAAUGUUGAAUGGCAAACAGUGCAAAGAAAAAAGGGACGCAAAUAUAAAUAUAUUGGUCAAAGAGGGGAAGCGGUAAUUGAUGCCGAUAGUAAAUUCAAGCCUGCAGAAUUGUACGUACCUUUAUUCAUCAAUAGGGUCAAUAAGUGUACGUCAGAAAAGGACAUUCACGAUUAUCUCGUGAAUAAGACGCGCGCUGAGGUGAAAGUUCAGAAAAUAACAUCGAAACAAGACAAAAGCUACGAUGCCUACAAGGAAACCUGGCUUCUGCCGCACGAUUUGCAGUACUUAAACAAGAUUGACGAAGACUUUGGUUGCACUGGGACUUCCGCAGUAGACACCUCUGCCGGUAUUCUUAGAGGGAGGCCAUACGGCGGUGUUGCACUACUUUGGCGAAAAAAUGCCUUUAGUUCUGUGACAGUGUUACAUUGUGCGAGUGUGCGGCUGGCGGCAAUUCGAGUGAUUACGGGUGAUACUAGUUUCCUCGUAUUUUCGGUCUAUAUGCCUGUAGAUUGUGGUGAAAAUCUGCCUGAAUUUACGGAGUGUCUGGCCGAAAUAAAUGCUAUUGUUGAGAGCUCUAACGUCGCGAGUGCUUUUAUUUUAGGGGACUUUAAUGCCCACCCUGAUGCUCACUUUGGCAAGGAGCUGUCGCACUUCUGUAGUGAGCAACGGUGGCGCUGUGCGGACAUGGAGUUCUUAGGCAUUGCGUCCGAUAAUUUUACUUUUAUAAGCGACGCUAAUGGAAGUCACCGAUGGCUCGACCACUGCAUCGUUACGGAGGCGGCCUACAAUGCGAUUUCAAGUGUUAACAUACUCUACGACUCCUCGUGGUCUGACCAUUUACCACUACUAAUAAACUGUAAUAUUGGUGUUUUGUGUUCGGGAUCGGUUGAGAGUCAGACGCCAGUCGCUGGAUGGCCAGCUAAAUGGCAAGAGCAUGUGGAAAACACGGAGCCGACCGCAAAGUGA